AUGCUGCCCCGGAUGAAAUACCGUAACCCAUCCAUCCCAAUGGAAGUCGCGCGACACAACGACCCCGACGGUCCCUCGCUCCUACACAUCUUCACAGCAACCAAAACACAGCCAUCGGCUGGCUCUACCAACUCUCCCACAACGCAACAAUCAGACGCUUCACCACCAUCCGCAACACCAAACCCGCGCAAUACGCUCGUACCCGAUACCUCGAAGCCCACGUUUUCGAUCGACAUGAGAGACCAGUCGGAGAGCGAGAUCUUGGAGGCACUGGUGGAGAAGAUAGGCGCAGUGGAGAUCAAGGCGACUGAGGAGGAGUUGGCCGAGUUGAAGGAGAUUGAGGAGUUCAAGGAGAGGUCGGAGGCGGAUAGAGUGCUGGUUAGGGAGAAGUUGCUGAAGGAGCGGAGAGAGGCUGAGCUGCUCAAGCUGGCGAGGGGUGAGGCACCGGCUGCUAACUAA